AGAUGUCAAAGCGCAGCGAUACGUACAGCCUGCUGUUUUGGGAAACCGGAAUCAAGACGCCGCCGAUACAUUUUUCCGUUUUCUGUAAAAUCCAUUGCGAUCAAAAUCACAAAAUCACACCAUCGAUACAAAAUGGUCCAGUCCAACGGUGCCGAAUUGACGGAACACGAGGCCGAGCUGUACGAUCGUCAGAUUCGUCUGUGGGGGUUGGAUUCUCAGAAGCGCCUCCGUUCGGCCCGCAUUCUGAUAUCAGGAGUAAAUGGCCUCGGUGCGGAAAUAGCCAAAAACAUCAUUUUGGCCGGAGUCAAAUCUGUCACACUGCUGGAUGAUCGGAAAGUUACGGAGGAAGAUUUCUGCUCCCAGUUUCUCGCGCCGCAAUCAUCCGCCGGCAGCAACCGAGCCGAAGCAUCGCUUACCCGUGCGCAGAACCUAAAUCCGAUGGUAGAACUGAAAGCCGACACCGAAUCGCUCGACACGAAGGAGGACGCAUACUUUAUGAACUUCGAUGUGGUUUGUCUCAUCGGUGCGUCAACGGCUCAGCAUCUACGGGUGAAUGCCAUAUGCCGGGAGGCGAAUGUGAAAUUUUUCGCCACUGACGUUUGGGGAAUGUAUGGCUUCAGUUUUGCCGAUCUGCAGAAGCACGAGUUCGCGGAGGAUGUCGCAAAGUAUGUGGUUGUGUCGAAACCGAACGAAAAACCUAAAUCCGAAACCGUGAACACUACGGUCAAGUGUACGGUAGAGUACCCAUCCUACCAGUCUCUGGUGGAUUUUGAUUUCCGCGACGCAUCGUACGCGCGACGCCUGAAAAGGAACGGACCGGCACUCCCUGUACAGCGAGUGCUGCAAAAGUUCCGCGACCAAGAGCAACGUGAUCCGGCCUAUGGCAAGCGUGAGGAGGAUUUGAAGAAACUGCUACAACUGCGGGACGAGCUAGCACCAGAGUUGAUCACGGACCAAUCGUUCGAUCACGUGUUUGCGCAGAUUUCACCCGUGGCCGCCAUUGUCGGAGGUGCUGUGGCGCACGAAAUCAUCAAGGUAGUAUCGCAAAAGGAAAGACCGCACCGUAACAUGUUUCUGUUCGAUCCGGAAAGUUGCUGUGGAUUCGUGGAUCUGAUCGGGGCAGAGAAGUAAUAGUUUACAGUUCAACACAGUAAGCUAGCUCCCGAUGGUGGUGCCCAUUAUUUUAUUUUCUCCUUGCGUACAAUACAUAUUAAUGUGCUACUUCACAAUAAAAUAUCCUUUCGAUCGUCGUAAGCUAAACUAUCUUCAAA